ACGCGAGUGGAGGGGAGAGAGGGGUUUUCAGGUCAGGCUGCAACAUGGACGCUUCCAUCGCGAGGAGAACCUCACACGCGAGGUUCAGCGUGAGUCGCGAGAGCGUGGGAAUCCAGAGGCGGUUCAGCGUGAGUUUCGGGGAAGCGGGCCAGACCCUCAGCCACGUGACCAGGAAGCUCUCCUCCACCAUUGGAUGGAGGAGUCUCGGCAACCGGGAAAUAGCCAAUCAGGCCCGCAGUCUCUGCAGCCAGAUUGCUCUCCUGUUGAUUCAGACGUUGCCAAAAAUUGCAUCCAUUUUGACUUAUUCUUCUCCAUUUUUUAUCCCCCCCCCCCCAAAGUACAUCCGUUGGCGACUGAAGCGGAGCGGCAUCAACCACCGCAAGCUGGGCCUUCAGAGGCUCCGCAGCGUGGCGAACCUCCCCGGCGGCCUCACGCUCUGCCAGGUCUUCGGGGCCCUCCAGACGAUCGGCCUCGAGCUGGAACGCAAUCACCCCAAACUCUAUAGCUCCGUGUGUCGCCAGGUGUGCGCAACCAUGACGUCGGAGAAAGUCCUGCGCCACACGCUGACCCUCCUGGGCCGCGAACUCUUCCGCGGGGACGUGACGUGGGGGAAGAUCGGCUCCCUCUUCGCCGUCACGGGCUCCCUGGCCAUCGACUGCGUCCGCCAGGGCCACGUGGAGUUCCUCCGCCCCCUCGUCGAGACGGUGGGGAACGUGAUCGAGAACGAGGCUUCCAUCUGGAUCCUGGCGCAGGGCGGAUGGCUGCAACACGAAGUCGUUUUGGAUAUUAGAGCUAACCGCACGGUCAACAUGGAUUAG